CCAGCCAAACACACGACAGACCCGCACCAGCCUUCACCGAGUCAACAAUUCUGCUGCUCUUCAUCCCUCCGUCCACUCACUCACCAAUCACUAAUUAAAUCCCCAAAAAUGGACCACCAACUGACCUGGGAAGAGGUGAAAUUAUAUUUAAAACAGCAGACUGACCUCCUGCAAAACCUCCUCCCCAUCGCACCCGACGAGCCCAGCCGUCAAAAACUCAAAAAACGCAUCACGACCUGUUCCAUAAAACUCUUCCGAGCCUUUCUCCUCACUAAAAAUCGGGACGGAGUGAUUUCCAAAGCGCUGGCCGAGAUUGAGGCGAAAAUCGGGAAAAGCUCGACGAGUGAUGAGAAGGUUUUGAAGUUGUUGGAUGACAUGCGGGAGGUCGGGGACGCGGCGGAGGACGAAUAUUUAUCGACUCUGACGGAUAAAGUGGUGAAGGAGGAGGAACUCUUUGGGGUCUUCAUGGAGCAGGUGGAGGAGGUUUGCAGGGAUUCCAUCGCUGGAGCAGCUACUUUCCAGCCAUCGAAAUCGAAAUUCACGGCUCGGUCAGCAGAGAAAUCGAAGGAGAGUGGCGGAGGCGGAGGCUCGUUUAUCCCGAUUGUUGACCCGAUUUCGAAAGGACCCCUGCUCGACCCGUGGAAAAACAUGUACUGCAAUCACUUUUAUGGGAAGAAGAGCAUCAAGGAGAUCAUUUCCAAGAACUUGAGGGCCAGAUGUCCCUACGCGGGCUGCCCGAACAAGCAGUACCUCCGGAUGGACCACUUGAUCUACGACCAGGAAAUGGCUCAGAAAAUCCACGAAAAACUCACCCAGGCCGAACAAGGAGCGAGCGAUGCCAGAAAUGAAGUGGAAAUUGAUUAAUAACACGCUUAAUUUUUUUUUAUAAAUAAUUUACUUCCAUUAAAAAUAAUUAAUUUCAUUACAAAAUUUA